GCUGCAACCAGGAAACCAUUCAAAGAGUGCAUCAAGAACAGAGAGAAUGAGAGCGAAAGGGGGGGGGGUGUGACAUCAAGAAAGUGAGACAAAGAAAAAGCAGCAAAGUUUCAGCCAAUGACAGAGGAAAUGUUUCCGCUGUGUUGUGAGUAGAUGUGUCUGUUCUGUUGACCCUGACAUUGUGGGAGCGCUCUGCGCACAAAUACUGCUCUGGCAGUGGAGAAAGACUCUCGAAUGGUCUAUUUCUGGAGGAAAAGCUAAGAUACAAGUGAAGUGAUGAUUUUAGAGAUGCUGUAAUUGCGCGGGCUAGCGGUACCAUGUAAUGCUAUUGGAUAAUUUGAUGGAUCGAAGAUGGAUGCUGUUUGAGGAGGCUAAGAUGUCUGCUUAUCAAAAGAAGCUGGGAAAUCACACAAAUCACCGUAAGGACAUUAAAUACCAGCAGAGACACUAAAACACUAGAGUCUGGAUGAUAGCUGCUCCUGUUUUUGCUCUUAAACACAUUCAAAAGAGAGCUUUAAAAGGAGGGACAUUAUUAUUUAUUGUCAAACCUCCUUUCAUGGAGACAGACUGACAUUUAAGGUUGAUCACUUCACAACGGAGGAAUGAUGGCGGCAGCAGGUUCUGCAGACUCCCUGAGCCACAAAUCUAUCUCCCAGACCCCUACAAGUGGAGACAGGCGGCUGGUGGACAAGGCCCUAAAAAGACUUAAUAAACUUGGCGAACUGUGCACUAACCCCCGACUGGGCCUGAGGAACAGUCCCCCAUACCUGCCAGAGCUGGUGUCAGAGACAACGUCACUGCUCGAACAGGUCUGGGAGCCCUACAGAGGCUCCCGGGUGCAGGGCAGCCAUGCACCCCGAGGAGACGAGGCCAAGUACCUAAGGGUCCACGUUCGAAACCUGCUGGAUAAGACGGACAGGGCUCUGCUGCUGUUCAAAGAGGGACGGGAGAAGAUGUUUGAGGACACGUCCAGCUGCAGGAGGAACUUGACCAAACUGUCCUUGCUGUUCAGUCACAUGCUCUGGGAGCUGAGGGCCAUGUUUCCAGGGGGCAGUUUUCAGGGUGACACCUACAGGGUGACUAAGCCAGAGGCAAAGAAGUUUUGGAUACGCUCAUUCGGAAACAAGUGUUUAGUGCAGUGGAAUAGUUUCAAAGAGCAGCUGCAGAGUGUGCAUGCAUUUGAGGAAGGGAUGGAGUCCAUGGCUCUGAAAUCAACUAUAGAUCUCACCUGUAAUGACUACAUCUCUGUGUUUGAGUUCGACAUCUUCACCAGACUGUUUCAGCCGUGGAGAUCACUUUUAAGGAACUGGAACCAGCUAGCAGUGACUCAUCCCGGCUACAUGGCCUUCCUCACCUAUGACCAGGUGAUCGCUCGUCUGGAACACUACCUGCACAGACCUGGGAGCUUUAUCUUCCGCCUGAGCUGCACAAGAAUGGGUCAGUGGGCUAUUGGCCAUGUGACCAGUGAAGGGAGCAUCAUUCAGACCAUCCCCCAGAAUACACCUCUCUACCAGGCACUCAUUCAGGGCUUCAAGGAAGGAUGCUACCUGUACCCAGAUGGCCGUGAUGUGAACCCUGACCUGACGAGCUUGUGCGAACCGACCCAGAAGGGCAAAGUCAAAGUUUCAGAAGAGCAGUAUGAGAUUUACUGUGACAUGGGCAGCACCUUCCAGCUGUGUAAGAUCUGCACCGAGCGGGAUAAGGACACUCGUAUCCAGCCCUGUGGACAUCUCCUGUGCCAACCCUGCCUCACAGGCUGGCAGCAGAAAUCGGCUGGCCAGACCUGCCCAUACUGUCGCUGCGACAUCAGAGGAACAGAGUCCAUACUCGUUGAGCCCUACCUACCAGGCAGCGGUCAGUGGGAGGAGGAGGAGGAGGAGCAGGGUGAGGACGACCAGGAUGAGGAGGAGGACCAUGAGGACAUUGAACUGGUGUUAAAGGAAAUGGCUGCCCUGAGGAAGUUCUCAAGUUUGGAUUACCAAGUGCCCAGGUCCAAUCUCUGCGUUCCACCUCUGCCCCCUAAAAACUUCAGCACCCCACGCUCUCCAUCUCCCUCCUGCCAUCCGCGGACCUCAGAAACCCCGUAUCCGGACCAACACUCCCACUCAAGUUCAGCUCACAGUGGAAGUGGAGCAGGAAGAAGAUACAAACAAGAGAAGACGAAAAAUAGCAGUGCCGAAUUCCUCACGGAAGCAAAGUCUGCAUCUUCCUCUCAGAGGGCUACCGAAAGUGGAGCAGUGUGGCUCAGACCCUCCAGCCCAGUCAAACAGAGACAAAGACCCAAAGAGAGGGAGGGACGGAGAGCGGGGCUCAGACAAGACAAAUGUGACUUUGAAGACAUGACCAGAAGAAUGUCGUCCUGACAGACGAGCACUUCAAGAUAAAGACUCUAAAGUAAAGCGAGAAAUACCUGAAAAUCAGCCCACUAAAAAUAGUCUCUGGAUUUUGGCUGUAAUGAUCAUGUGCAUGAGUGGGUGGGACUGACAGGAAGAUUUCGCACUGAGGCCUCCUACUGAUCAAUAAUUACACUGCCAUCAUCUCAGCAGGAGGUCUAGCACUUACUCUUUAUAAUGAAAGCAUUUUAUGAGCCUCCCUUAUAUAAUGGAAAGGAUUGAAAUGCUUGACAUUAUACUUAUAACCCUUAUGAAAAAUGAAGGGGGCUAUCACAGAGGGGUAAAUUUAAGAACAAUAGAAAUGUGCUACCUCACUGUUUAACCCAUGCCAUGAAUAACAGCUUAUACAGCCUCUAUAUCAAAGCGAUAUAGCGCCAUAAAACUGUCUUAAAUGGUAUUAAAUCAAAUACAUAAACCUGUACCUAACACAUGCUUUAGCUUAUAAGUGAUUGGUGUGUGUUUUGACAUUAUAGACAAGAACAGACAAAAGCAAAGUGAAUCCCAAGUGAUUUUAUUUAGUUUUCUACGUUCUGGCACAUGUGUGUUUAGAGUCUUGAUAGGCACCAGAGAGAAGGCUCUGGGCGGUGAAUGGAAAUAGGAUUGAGGGGAACCAGUGGGAGAAGUGAAGCAAAUAAACUGGCGAUUUCUUUAAGGGUUGGUUGCCAGGACUUCUUCAAUCCAGGAGAGGAACUCACACACUUUGACGUAGACUCCGGGGUAGUUUGGCUCGGCACAUCCCUGACCCCAUGACACCAGGCCUUGCACCUCUCCAGCACACACCAGAGGGCUGCCAGAGUCACCCUGGUGAUAUAACAAAGAGUGUGUGAGAGUGUGAUUUAUUCUUCCCCACACACACACAGCUAAGAAGAAGUUACUGUAAGACUCACAUUGCAUGCGUCUCUGCCUCCGUCCAUGAAUCCGGCACACACCAUCCUGGGGGAGAUCAUGCCAGGAUAGCUGCUCUCACAGACCUGCUGGUCCACUAUGGGCACGUCCAAACACUGCAGGAGGUUGGGCAUGUACACUGCAACACACACAACAGAGGAUGUCAAAGAAACCUCUUUAUAAUAAUAAUUGUAUACGGAAAGGCUGUCAGAUACAUAGUAGUGGAGUAAAAAAUCUAGUGAAGUAGAAGUUUAAAAUAACAUUGCAAAUACUUAGCUAACGUACAAGUACCUAAAGAUUGUACUUAAGUAUUGGAGUAAAUGCACUUGGUUUAGGCAGAUUACCUUAAAUUACAUUGCUUUGGAUUGUUGCAACAAUAAUAAACAUACAUUUUGAAUUAAA